AUGAUUGGCUGCAGUACCGUAAAAAAUGAUUAUAUAACAGUGUCAUGCUCAGCAGUAACAAAGUCAAAAAUUGCAUCUCUAAUGGCUGACAACAAUGAUUUGUUUCCGACAGAAGCUGAUCUAUUGGCAACCAAUUAUAUUAAUCAACGGCAUCCACCCAUUAUUGCGUUAGCACAAACAAUGAUUGGCCAAACCGAGAGCAGUACACUAAUCGAACGUGCUAUUCUCUUUCAUAGGUAUAUGCGUGACGCGGCACCGUUUGGGUGGAGUGGCCGAUUUUGGAAUGAAACUGCGUCAGAUGUCAUUAAAAACGGGUCGACACUUGUGUAA